AUGGCAUACUCGGCCCUUCCGACAUGGCCUCUGAUUCUCUUUGGCAUCCUAGACCCUCUUGCACUUUGCUGGGGCUUUGCAACGGCCAUCCUCGACCCAGAGCACUACUACGCUGACCAGUCACCCAACGCUGACUUGUCGAGUCUCACGUUCACGCCGCAGGCGCUAUCGCUGACUUACCAACUCGGGAACGUCUUCUUAUUGAUGGCAGUCGUCGCGAUUACGUGCUGUUGGACGACUCACGCCGAGAUCACGCGGAAGUACUUGGUCGCGGUUGCAAUUGCGGACCUCGCGCACAUCUACGCGGCGUACUGUGGACUGGGGCAUAGUGUGUUUUGGGAUCUGUCGCAGUGGAAUCAGAUGGCAUACGGGAAUAUUGGCGGGAGUUUGUUUAUGCAUGUGAAUCGGGUUUUGACUGUGGCCGGGGUCUUUGGAAAGCUCGGUGCUACGAGUACGAGUGUGAAGACGAAGACGUGGUAA